GUGAUUUACACAAGAAACCACAAGGAGAAAGAAAGGUUAAGAGUAAGACAGGAAGAAUGCAUCUAACUUGGAAGGAGGAGCAUCUGGAUAUUCUUCUAGUCCCGGCUGGUUUGCUGAUCAUGUUCGGGUAUCAUCUCUACCUCCUUUUUAGAUACCUGAGAUGUCCAGGGGAAACCGUCAUAGGAUAUGAAAAUCAUAACAAGAAAGCAUGGGUGGAGAGAAUGAUGCUGGUUGAAGGUAAAGACAGAACUGUAGCUGUAAACGUGAUCAAUUCCAAUUUAUCGGUAUCAACUACCAUGUGUUCCAUGUCCUUAGCUCUCUGCUCCUUAAUUGGAGCUUGGUUCGGAAGCUCUUUCAAGAACAUACUUACCAGUGGUGUAAUCUAUGGUGACACGAGCUCUACUAUUGUUUCCAUCAAAUACAUAGCUCUGCUCUCCUGCUUCCUAGUCGCGUUUGGCGCUUUUGUGCAAGCUGCGAGAUACUAUGUUCAUGCGAGUUUCUUAAUCACCACACCAAAAAGUGACUUACCGGUGAAAUACAUUGUGAGGGCGGUGAUAAGAGGAGGCAAUUUCUUCUCAGCUGGAACACGGGCACUGUAUUUUGCCACCAAUUUGCUGAUGUGGAUCUUCGGUCCAAUCCCAAUGUUUUGCGCAUCAGUGGCUAUGGUGACACUAUUGUACAACCUCGACAAAAAUUCAUGCGAAUUGCACGAAUAUUGUCCCCUUCCCAACCAAGAUUCCUUCAAGAAAAUAGGUGAGCAAGUGAAAACGUAUCAAGAAGUAAUCACUGUUGCUCAGAAUAAUGGAGACCAUGGAAGACAGUAUGAGAACUUAACCUGCAAAGAGUAACAGAGAUAGUAUUUGCAGGCAUAAAACGAAAACAAGUAUCACUUCAACCAGCAUAUGUGAGAUUUACUAUUUUUUAACAUUCCUAUUCAGUAGAAAACAAUAAAAGCAUUUGAGCGGAUC